AUGCACUCCAAGAUCGUGGGAGUCCUUCUCGGCUCAGCAGCCUUAGCCAACGCCGUCAACUUGUUCGUCGCAGACUACAGCGGCAAAGUCACUACGCUGAAACUCACCGAGAAAUCGAAUGGCCAUGAUCUCAGCGUUGCUUCAAUUGCGCCCGAAUGCCAGCCCACUCCAUCUUGGUUGACACUGGACAAAGCAAACAAUGCGCUUUACUGUCUCGACCGCGGCCCUUGGCAACAACCUGGAUCUCUGAACUCUUUCAAGAUCGGAACAGAUGGUGCUUUGAAGCAUGUUUCGCGCGUCAAGGCGCCUUCAGAAGGUGUGGCUGGUGAAAUUAUCACUGGAAACAAGGGAAAGCGUGGAUAUUUCGGUGCAUCAUACAUUCCUGGCGUCGCUGCAGCCUAUGAGCUUGGUAAUGACGGCGCUAUUUCAGGAAGUCAACCACUCCAGCAGAUUUCCACCAAAAUCGACAAAAUCGGUCCCAUCGCUGAUCGACAAGAAGCCAGCCAUUUACACCAUGUCAUUAUCGACCCAACAGGAAAAUACGUCCUUACUCCUGAUCUCGGCGGAGAUGUGGUUCGCGUCUGGUCGUUUGACAAGGACAAGAUUGCUCCCAUUGCGGAAGUAGGCUCUCUCAAGGCGCCCGCUGGAGCUGGCCCGCGCCAUGGAUUCUUUAAGGUUAUGAAGAGCGGCGAGACGUUUUUUAUUUUUAAUGGAGAACUUGAUCAGAAGGUUUAUUCUUAUCGCGUCAAGUAUACUCGUACUGGCCUUUCGUUUACGAAGGUUUUUGAGAUUACUUCUUUGAAUGAGAAGUUUCCUCCUAACACGGCUCCUAUCAGCGAGAUCGCCAUGAGCCCUGACGGAAGAUUCGUCGUGGUUUCAAACCGCGAAAAGUCCUUCGCCACAUCCAUCGAAGCGCGCUCCGGCCCUUCAGAUACACUGACCACGUUCCUCAUCAACGAGGACGGCACUUUGAAGCCCGUGCAGGCAGCUCCUUCGGGUGGUUACCUUCCUCGCCAGUUCUCUUUCAACAAAGCCGGUGAUAAAAUUGCCGUUGGGCACCAGGUUAACCAGACUGUUGUUAUUUGGAAGCGGGAUGUUCAGAGUGGAAAGAUUGUUACUGAGGCGGAGGGUGGAAAGUUGGGGCAGGUUCAGCUUACCGGACAGGUGGUUGCUACUAUUUGGGAUGAGUAG